AUGAUUCAAUUAUCAUUUAAUAUCACCGCACCGCCUGCGUUUGAUUGGCGAAUAAGAGUCGUCACCAGAGUGAAGAACCAAGGAACAUGUGGCUCAUGCUGGGCAUUUAGUACAAUCGGUAACGUGGAAAGUGUGAACGCAAUCAAACACGGGAACCUUGUGGUAUCAGAACAACAAUUGGUAGACUGUGACAGCAAAGAUGAGGCGUGUGACAGCGGAUUACCAGAUAACGCACAACAGUAUACCUCGUAUCACACGGUGCUAUCUCUGAACAAUCUUACCCAUACAAAGGAUAUGCCGCAAACUGUACAUACGAUAGCAGUCAGGUUUGUUGUUAGAUUAAGUAAUUUUGAAAAAGUUGUAUUGUCAGAGUGUCAAAUGGCCGAAAAGCUUUACAGCACCGCACCAUUGAGUAUAGUUAUUGCUGCAGAAGUAUUAGGUACAUAUACUAAGGGUAUCCUCGUCAAUGAAUGUGAACAAAGUCAAGACCUCAAUCAUGCUGUGCUUUUGGUAGGCUACGGAAACGAGGGAGGCACUAACUUCUGGAUCCUCAAGAAUUCUUGGGGAACUAACUGUGAAGGCGGUUACUUCAGAAUAAAGCGAGGUGUCAACUGUCUUAUGAUCACCGAUUACGGAGUCCUUUCAGGAAUCAUAUAAACUUUUAAAUGGUGCUGUAAAUUACAUUAAAAAUAAAAUAAAGAUCAGAAUGUUGAACUCA